UUGCGUUUUUUUAAACGCUCCAUGCACAGGGCUCCCAGAAAGAGCCUGUAUAAAAAAACUGGACAAGCAGGUUUCGAAAUGUUUUGAGAGAAUCGUUUACUGGGGUUCACCAAAGAACACACGCGUGCUGAACAACGACAACGCACAAAAAGAGUGUAUCAGACUGUAAGUCGGAAGCAAGGGUGUUUUAUAAUGAUCUCCUCCAAUGAUGAUGACAGUAAUUCUGCCACCAGUGAAUUGUUAAGGAAGAUCAAAGAAAAAAUUGACAAUCAUGAAAGAUUUUUCUCUGUUGAAAUAUUUCCACCAAAGACAUUCAAUGGAGCAACCUCAUUAUUUGGUAUCAUGUGUCGGCUUAAUGAGUUGGAGGAUACAAAGCCUUUAUUUGCUGAUAUCACCUGGAAACCAUCCAAGGAACCAAUGUCUGAUAAGUGCUUGGAACCAACAACUUUAUUGAUUGCUGCAUCUGCGCGACAAGUAAACAACUUCAAUACUAUAAUUCAUAUUCCAUAUUUUGGAACAACAAGAACUCAGGUGUUUGAGCACUUGAUGAGAGCCAAAGAAUUUGGAGUUUGUGGCAUCCGGGCACAAAGACCAGCACCUGGAAUCACCUAUGAAAACCCUGUCCACGAGGAUGGUUUCUCAAGCAUUGAAGAUCUUAUCAUCUUUAUCAAGCAGGAAUUUGGCAAUGAUUUUGCUAUAGCUGUUACAGGUUACCCCUCACAACGUUGUGACUGGUACGAUUCUGAUUUAGCUUUGCUGAAACGAGAAGUUGAUGCAGGUGCUGACUUUAUCACCACCCAACUCUUUUUUGAGGUUGAGACCUUUUUCAAGUUUGAAAGAGACUGUCGAAAUAUAGGUAUAGAUAUACCUAUCAUUCCUGGCAUAUUACCCAUCCAGAAUUUACAGACAGUACGGAACCUUAGAAAGAUGAACUUUGCUGUGAAAGUUCCCAAUGAAAUUCUGGAAGUUUUGAAGUCCGGAAAAGAGGAUCUUGAGGCUAUACAGGCCUUUGGCAUCCAGCAUGCUACCAAAAUGUGCCAAGAGUUGUUUGCAAGUGGCAAAGUCCAAGGAAUUCACUUAUACACUCUCAACAUUGAGAAACCUGUAAUGUCUAUUUUAGAGAACUUGAAAAUAUCGAAGGAGCCAGAAUUGAAUAAACUCCCAUGGCAACUGAGCGAUGUGCGUAGCGGGGAGGAUGUCCGUCCGAUAUUCUGGGCCUCUCGACCUAGGAGCUACCUCAUCCGGACAUCUAAUUGGGAGGAUAUGCCUAAUGGUAGAUGGGGAAACUCUAGUUCCGCUUCAUUUGGUGAUUUAAAGGACUAUCAUUUGUUUUUAACUGGGACUUCAAGAAAAGACAGUGAGCUUCUGUCGAUGUGGGGGAGAGAGCUGAACAGUGAACAAGACGUGUUUGAUAUAUUUGUGUGUUAUCUCACUGGGAGAGACAACAAGCAGGGAUUUAAGGUAACUGAGUUGCCUUGGAGUGAUGGUGAAUUGGCCCCUGAGACCAUCCCCCUAGUGGAAAAGCUGGUUCAUGCCAAUCAGAAUGGCAUCCUGACCAUCAACAGUCAGCCGUCGCUGAAUGCAGUUCCGUCUGAGGAUCCCAACCACGGGUGGGGAAAACCUGGUGGUUAUGUCUUUCAAAAGGCAUAUUUGGAGUUUUUCGCGAGGGAAGAAAUCGCUUUAGAGCUUUACCAUCAGCUGAAGGAUGGCACUAGGAUCAACUUUCAUCUCGUCAAUUCUUCGGGUGAGAGUGAUUUCACGAAUGCAAAUAUGUACUCACCGAAUGCCGUCACGUGGGGUGUGUUCCCAGGCUCGGAGAUCCUCCAGCCGACAGUAGUAGACCCGAUAGCAUUCCAUUACUGGAAGGACGAGGCUUUCGGGCUGUGGAAACAGCAGUGGGGGCGUCUGUACCGCGAAGGCUCGCGAUCACGUGAUAUCAUCGACUCCAUCUACGACAGCUAUUACCUCGUUAACUUGGUAGACAAUGACUAUGUAGGCGGGAACAGCCUGUUUGAUAUCCUAGAUGGCGUCAUCAAGAAGGUACAGAGUUAACGUAGGAUGACGUCAGUGCUAUGGGCACUCUGACUCGUACCAAGCUUCCUCCUUUGGUCCAGAGGGGAGGAUCUUAAGGAAAGACAGGCUGCUGAUUUUUUUGAAGCGACCAAGUACUGGUUGAGGUGUAAUGCUAUGUCCAAACAAAAACAAGCAUAUAUUUAAAGACUCUGGAGCCUACUCGUGUAAAUCGGGUGAGAACUGUGACAAAUCUUUUACUGCCACAAUAAAUCAAUGCAAAUGAUAUGCACAUUUCAGAAGCGAACUAACCCACUCGAAUUAUUAUUGUGAAGUGAAAUUUAUACAAUGAAAAUGGCUCCAUUCUAUUGCUAUAGUAUAAGAUAUAUAAGAAUAUAAGAAUAUUUUUAAAGAUUUUUCCAGUCUUGUAGUGGACUGCCAAUUUUUCGUCUUUAUCUUUUUUAGUGCAGGCUCUAAAAAAGUAUGUACAGAAGAAGUGAACAAAGACGAAAAUUUGGCAGAGUCCAUUACCAGAUUUUGGUGGACUGUAUUUAUUAAUCUGGUUAGAGAGCACGUUUGUUUGGAUAUUUUGAUUUAUUCAAAGAUUUUUCAAUACUUUAAUAAAAACUACAGUAUCACAUUA